CUUCUGUGCAUGCGCCUGGCAAACGUAUUUUUGGUGCAGACGUACAUUCAUCCAGACGAAACGUGGCAGUCACUCGAGGUUGCUCACCGGUGGGCCUUCGGCUAUGGCUUUCUAACUUGGGAAUGGCAUCACGCGCUUCGUGGCUGCGCACACCCGAUGCUGUUUGCCGCUGUAUAUCGGCUGUUGGCAUUGCUUCGUCUCGACAACACGCCUCUUUUACUUGUCGCGCCUUAUGUUUUGGUCGCGCUAAUUGCAGCGUCAGUUGACUAUGCCACGUUCCAUUUUGCCAGGCGGAUUGCGGGCGAGCAGGUAGCCAAGUGGGCGGUGCUGUGCUCGGCUGUUUCGUGGUCGAUGGGCAGCGGCAUUGUGCGUCCACUGGUCAAUUCCGCAGAGACAUGCUUGACAGCUGCAGGCCUGGUUUUCUGGCCGUGGAAGCGCUCGACUGCACACUCGCUUCCAAAGGCCCUGCUUUUUGCCUCGCUCUCAUGCAUUAUACGCCCGACUAGCGGCGUGGUCUGGCUCUGCGCCGGGCUUUGCCUGCUGGUGAACCAGCCCCGCACCGGCCGAAUCCUUCGAACGCUGCGCAUAGUCAAAACGGCGCUGAUGUUUGGCAUUGGCGCGCUGGCAGUAAUGCUGGUGGUUGAUCGGCUAGGGUACGGGCAAUGGGUGUUUCCGCCGUACCAGUUUUACGUGUUCAAUGUGCAGCAGGACCUAGCCACGUGGUUUGGCGAGUCUCCGCCGCUGUACCAUCUUUACGUGAGCUUGCCCGUGCUUUUUACAUCGAUGCUGCCGUUUGUCCUGCAUGGCACAUAUCUGGGGUACCAGCGGGGCAUUGCAGAGCCAGGUGUCGUCGCCGUGUUGGCGUCUGCUGUGUUUUCCUUAGUUGGCCACAUGGAGUAUCGCUUCCUCUACCCGCUGCUCCCCAUUGGGUUUGUGUACGCCGCCAUGUCGAUGCAGUCGCUGGCCGGCCCGCUUGUGCGCAGGAUUGUGGCCUAUCUCCUGCUGACCAACGUACCGGCAACCCUGUACUUGAAUCUCGUCCACCAGCGCGGCGUCAUAGACGUUCUCAGUUAUCUACGGCGCCAACCCGCAAAUGACCUAACGGGCAUUGGCUUCCUGAUGCCCUGCCACUCGACUCCGUUCUAUAGCCACUUGCAUCGCAACAUCCCCAUGUGGUUCCUUGCCUGCGAGCCGCCGUUGGACAAGUCGCAGUUGGAGGCGCACUACUGGGAGGCAGAUGACUUUGAACAGCGGCCUGCAGAUUUUUUAAACAGAAUAUUCGCGGACACAACAGGCCGAUGUGACAGGCAUCCACGGCCCGGACACUGGCGCCUUUUGCCCAGCCAUCUCGUCCUGUACGACAACAUGGCGCAGCGCAUCCGCGGAACACUGAAGCAGCUGGGGUAUUCCGAAAAAAAGCGUUUCUUCAAUACGCAUUUCGAGGGUGAUUCGCGCCGCAAGGGCGACGUUGUAGUAUAC